AUGGCUAGCGGCACGUGCAGGCAGAUACCAGGUAACACACCGAUUCACAAGACCAUGAAGCUUUCCGUCGUCGCCUGCGGCCACAUCGUCACUGGGAAUACGUGCCUCGAAGCUGAAAAUCCGGAAGACGAGGCAGUGGUUGUAAAUACGGUCAAUAUCAUUAGGGCGAUGAUAUUCUGCCAGCACCUGCCGAUAUCCCGCCCCCAAGUGUGGCUGCGACCGCCCCUGCCUCCGACCACGGAGCCCAGCUGCCCAUACCCACCCACUUUCCUACCCACUUACCUACCUACCUACCUACCUACCUACCUACCCACCUACAACCACCACUUCGUCGACCUCGCCGUCGCUGCCGCUGCCGCUGCCCGCUUCUCUACCCUGCCCGAGGCCAGAGCAGCACUUAACGAGGCUACCCACGAGCCAGCGGUUGCGAUCGAAAAUCGCUGCCAGCCUUUCGAGCGAGUCAAUUGGGCAGCUGGGCAAUUAGGCCAAUUAGGCCAAUUCGACGGAAUCGUCGACUUAGGCCAGUACGUCGACUUGGGCCAAUGCGUCGACUUGGGCCAAUACCUUACGUGUGUGCCCGAGACCGGCGGUCGUGUGGCGGCCGCAGCCACACUUAGUGGCAGAAUAGCGGCAGCUGGUGGCAGAAUAUCAUCGCCCUAUCAUUAUAAAAGCCCUACAGGGAUGUUCCCCCUUUUGGAAUUAGCAAUUCAAGUCGCCAGCAUCACUCAUUAA